AUGGCUACGGACAGGCCCAAGGAGAAGGUGUGCGUCGUCGGCGCGGGCAUGUCCGGGCUGGCGGCAGCGCGCGAGCUGCGGCGCGAAGGCCUCGAAGUCACGGUGAUGGAGCAGCGCGGCGACGUCGGCGGGCAGUGGCUCUACGACCCGCGCACCGACGCCGACGACCCGCUCGGGGCCACGGCGCCGGUGAAGGUGCACGGCAGCGUGUACGCGUCGGUGCGGCUGAUCAGCCCGCGCGAGUGCAUGGGCCUCUCCAACUUCCAGUUCGUGCCCAGGCCCGGCCGCGACGCCCGCCGCUUCCCGGGCCACCGCGAGGUCUACUGGUACCUCAAGGACUUCUGCGCCGCGUUCGGGCUCGAGGACGCCGUCAGGCUCAACACCCGCGUCGUGCGCGUCGCCAUGGCGCCGCCGCGCGAGGCUUGCAGUGGCGACUUGAAAUGGCUGGUGAGAUCCGUGCACGUCGAGCCGAACGGCAGUGAAGACGGGGUGGCCGUGGAGGAGGUGUUCGACGCCGUGGUCGUCGCCAGCGGCCAUUACUCGCAGCCACGGCUGCCAAGCAUUAAAGGAAUGGAGUCCUGGCGGCGGCGGCAGCUGCACACCCACUCGUACCGUGAGCCGGAGCCCUUCCGCGGCGAGGUGGUGGUGGUGGUGGUGGUCGGCUGCGGCGCGAGUGGCCUGGACAUCGCGAUGGAGCUCUGCGGCGUCGCCAACGAGGUCUACCUCGCGGCCAAGUCCGUGGAGGACGCCGCGAGGCCGCCGCCGGCGGUGUCGAAGAUGCUGGCCAACCACGCCGACAUCCGGCUGCACCCGCCGGUGGACCAGCUGUGCGACGACGGCACGACGGUGGCGUUCGCCGACGGCUCCCGCGCCGCCGCUGACGCCGUCAUCUACUGCACCGGGUACAGGUACUCGUUCCCGUUCCUGGACACGGGCGGGAUUGUCGCCGUCGACGACGGCAACCGCGUCGGCCCGCUGUACGAGCACACGUUCCCGCCGGCGCUGGCGCCGUCGCUGUCGUUCGUCGGCGUGCCGAUGUGGGUGUUCGCGCCGUGGUUCUUCGAGGCGCAGGCGAGGUGGGUCGCCCUGGUACUCUCGGGAAAGGCGGCGCUGCUGCCGGAGGAGGAGAUGCUGCGGGCGUUGCACGAGGACUACCGCGCCAGGGAGAUCGCUGGCGUGCCGGCCUACCACGCGCACGCCAUCACCGCCGUCGAUGGUCAUCAGGAGGUGUGGGAGUUCGUGUACUGGCACUCGGACCUGCCGCGCAUGGAGGACUGGAAGGUGGAGCUGUUCACGACCUCAAUCCUGAUGAACUUGAGGGAGGACCGCGAGACCUUCCGCGACCGCGACGACGACAGCGAGAGCGUCCGCGAGGGCCUGCGGAGGUGA